UCACUGUCUUGCAGCCAAAAUUGUGAGGUACUAUGUGCGAUGAUGAUGAAACCACUGCCCUUGUAUGUGACAAUGGUUCUGGGCUUUGCAAAGCUGGGUUUGCAGGAGAUGAUGCCCCCAGAGCUGUAUUUCCAUCCAUCGUUGGAAGACCUCGACAUCAGGGUGUUAUGGUUGGAAUGGGUCAAAAAGACAGCUAUGUAGGGGAUGAAGCACAAAGUAAGAGAGGGAUCCUGACACUGAAAUAUCCAAUUGAGCAUGGAAUCAUCACUAACUGGGAUGAUAUGGAAAAGAUUUGGCAUCAUUCUUUCUACAAUGAACUGCGGGUUGCACCAGAGGAACACCCCAUCCUGCUGACCGAGGCCCCCUUGAAUCCAAAGGCCAACCGUGAAAAAAUGACUCAGAUCAUGUUUGAGACGUUCAAUGUGCCAGCCAUGUAUGUAGCAAUUCAGGCAGUGCUGUCUCUGUAUGCAUCUGGAAGAACAACUGGAAUAGUUCUGGAUUCUGGGGAUGGUGUCACACACAACGUGCCUAUCUAUGAGGGCUAUGCCUUACCUCAUGCCAUCAUGAGGCUCGAUCUGGCAGGCAGAGACCUCACUGACUAUCUCAUGAAGAUUCUCACUGAGAGAGGCUACUCCUUUGUCACCACUGCGGAACGAGAGAUUGUGAGAGAUGUGAAGGAGAAGCUUUGUUAUGUGGCACUGGAUUUUGAGAAUGAAAUGGCGACUGCAGCUUCCUCCUCCUCUCUUGAGAAGAGCUAUGAGCUUCCUGAUGGACAAGUCAUCACCAUUGGGAAUGAACGGUUCCGGUGCCCGGAGACUCUCUUCCAGCCAUCCUUCAUAGGGAUGGAAUCUGCAGGUAUCCAUGAAGCCACUUACAACAGUAUUAUGAAGUGUGACAUCGACAUCCGUAAGGAUCUCUAUGCUAAUAAUGUCCUCUCUGGAGGAACCACAAUGUAUCCUGGGAUUGGUGAUCGGAUGCAGAAAGAGGUUACAGCUUUGGCUCCAAGCACCAUGAAGAUUAAGAUGAUUGCACCACCCGAACGGAAAUACUCUGUCUGGAUUGGGGGGUCAAUACUGGCAUCCCUGUCUACUUUUCAGCAAAUGUGGAUCAGCAAAGAUGAAUAUGAGGAAGCUGGUCCCUCUAUUGUCCACCGCAAGUGCUUUUGAGGCCUUCCAUCAUGUACUGUCAGUGAUAAGUAGUGCUGUUUCUCUACACAUCACCUCUGAGGGUGGUUUGGAUUUCUUCCACAUGGUAAAGAGCCACACUCUAUGGGUG